GUAUUUGGAAGAAUCUGGAUUGCAGCUUCACAACUAUAACUACAGCUCUGAAUAUCUCGAUGCCAUUGUUAAAGGGAUGAGAGAAGUCCGCUAUAUGGGUGUUUCGGGGCCUGUAGCCUUUGAUGAGACCGGAAGCCGUAUCGGAAUCACUUUCAUACAACAGAACUUUUACGGAGAGAAACGUAACGUUGCCAGCUUUGAUGAAAUCGUCGGCAGUUUAACCUGGUUAGAACACAGUUCAACCCUCUGGUCAGGUAAAGAAGUCCCCAAGGAUAGAUUUAUAUACCAAGAUGUGCUCGUAGCUCCUAGUAGUACAGCAUUUGGUGUGGUAGUAACCUUGGUUUGUGUAGGUUGUUUAUUGUCCUUUACAUUCUUGUUCUUCAACAUCUACUACAGAAAUAACAGGUCAAUCAAAAUGUCUAGUCCAAUGGUAAAUAAUGUGAUAAUCGCUGGGUGCCUGUUAAUGUACAUCGUAAUACUUGUAAAUGCGGCAGACUAUUACAGAAACCUUGAUGACCCGACCGGAGAUAGCCUCUGCUCGGUAAGGACAUGGCUCCUAUCGUUAGGGUUUACAUCUUUAUUUGGUGCGCUGUUCUCAAAGACGUAUCGUGUUUACGUGGUUUUCCGAGAUUACAACUUAAGGAGGAAGGCAAUAAAAGAUUACCACGUGUUUGGAAUGAUCGGGAUCAUGCUUGUUGUAGAUGUUGUAAUUCUUGUGCCGUGGACGAUUUUUUUCCCACUCGAGAAAGCAACAUUAUCCAGGAGUACAAUGGAUGUUUCAAGUAACAACAUGAUAUAUUCCAAGUCAUACCUUCAUUGUUACAACGAAAGCAGUGCUUACUGGAUUGCCGCCAUAUAUGUUUACAAAGGUCUUCUGUUAGCCUUUGGCACUUUUCUUGCUUGGGAAACUCGCCAGGUUACCAUUCCUGUGCUCAACGACUCCAAGUAUAUAGGCGCUUGCAUCUAUAAUGUGGUCAUUGUGUGUAUAUUCGGAGUACCUCUUGCUCACGUCCUGCCUACAGAACAGAAGACCUUGACCUUUGUUUUAGAGUCGUCACUACUAUUCUUCUGCACAACGAGCAGCCAGUGCAUAAUAUUUAUUCCUAAGAUAAAAAUGAGAAACCAAGUUCAUGGCCAGUUUCUGACAUCGCAAAUACCAACUGAGCCGAUCGGUUCUGUGGCAAGACCUAAUGGUAUACACACAGACCUGAGUGACUUCAAAUGUGAGGAUACUAGACCAAACGAAGAUCUAAAAGAAGAAAAUGCCAAGUUAAGAAUGGAUCUAGCUAAUGAAACAAUUGCUAUUGCAAGGUUGCGAAAGUCGCUAUUACACAUAACAGGAAACGUUCACUUCUACAAAAACGGGACAGAAUAUGUUGUUGUCAGAAGUUCGGGACUUAAGUCUGCCAGCAGUGUCUAUCUUGGUGAUAGGUCCGAUCACACAGUUUAAAAAAAAGCUCAUUGAAAUGUAAAUGUUAGCUCUGUGCUCACUUACCAUUGUGUCUGAACUCAUACGGAACAGAAUAACUUGUUGAAUAGAGACAGGUCCUGUAGCGCAAACUACGGACUGUUGCUGUAUGUAAGAAGUUAUGUAAAUAAAUGAAUGUGUGUAAUC